GGUAAUGCAAUUAUGGAAGUCGCAAGGAACAAAGGCUCAACAUGGUGGUACACACCUCACAUGGCUGCAGCAUCUCGUGCCAUAACCGAACGGAUCCCAUUGGUUGAUAUUCUCCUUGAAGUCAGAGAUGCUCGGGUAUGUAUAAACCCUAUCCUUCAUGAAUCUUUUCCUUUAAAUUGUUGCCGCUACAUGUUUGAUUAAACGUCAGAUCAAGCUUGCUAGUAUUACUCCGUAAAACACUUUGUUUGGUGAUGUGGUCUUUGAAUAAUAUAUUAUGUUUGUGAAUAAGCUAUUUAUUCUUUUAGACAUGUGUCCUCUUGUCAACAAGUGUUGACUUCGCAUGAAUCCAUCCUGCAUGAUCUGUUCAUAUCAAUUAUGAAAAAUUGGGAAGUUCGGCUUUGUGUGGUGCGGUUUGUGGGUUGGAGUUCAGCAUAUCAAGAAGUAUGCACCAGUUCUGUGAUAGACCAUUACUAUUGGCCUCUUUUGGUAGAUAACCAGCUAUUCAUUAUCAUCCAGGGCCUUUUUCUAUGUUGAUUUGAAGUAUCAAAACAAAUACACAAGUGUAUAUAGAAUGAGCAUAAAGAAAUUAAAAAAAAAAAGAGGAAAAGUAACAUCAUUGCUAGAUAUAUUGAUAUAAUUGUCAAGUUCCUAAAGGUUGACCGAGUAGUUCAGGCUAUUAGUAGAAACCUGAAGGCUCAAGGCUUGAAUCUCAGCUACAACACUCGUGGUGAGCCCAUCUUCUCCAUCCUUGAUGGAUUGGUGCUCGACACCUGUGCUUGUGGAUUGUAGCUGACUGCUUGGUGUAUUUAGUAGAAGAUUAUGCAAGUUGGCUCAAACACCACCACCAAUUCACCACAAGAAUAACAACCCAGUGUAAUCUCACAAGUGGGGUCUGGAGAGGCUGGUGUAUAGUGUACGCAAACCUUACCCCUACCUUGUGAAGGCCUCAAACACCACCAUCAUGUAUGAAAUUGAAAACUUGGCAAAAUUGUCAAUGGCAUUCAUGAUUCCUUUAUCAUCAGCAUGUGAGCUAAUUAAGCAUCAUUUGCCUUCCUCAAGGCGCAUUAUAAUUCUGAACAAGACAGAUUUAGCAAAUCACAUUCAAUUAAAGGAAUGGCUGAAAUACUUUGAGGAACAAAAGUCUCUUGUUUUUGGAGUCAAUUCCCAUAAUAAGGAUAACAUCAAAGAGUUACUGAACUUUCUGCGAGCCAGAGUUCGAGAAUUAUCAAAGGUUGGUCAUGGGGAUCAGACAAUCACAUUAAUGCUUGUUGGCAUUCCUAAUGUUGGGAAGUCUGCCCUUGCCAACUCAUUGCAUCAAAUUGGAAGGAUCAGUGCAGCAGAGAAAGGAAGACUAAAGCAUGCCAUAGUGAGUCCUCAUCCAGGAGAGACAAAAAAUAUUAGUGGAUUGAAGAUCGCUAGCCAUCCUAGUAUUUAUGUGUUAGACACCCCUGGUGUUUUCCCGGCUGAGAUUCUCGAUGCAGAGGUGUGCUCCAAUCUAGCUUUAACAGGUGCUAUCAGAGAUUGCUUGGUCGGGGAAGUGGAUCUUGCGGAAUAUUUUCUAUCCAUCUUUAACGUGAGUAAUGAAUAUAAGAAAUGGGCCAACUUGUCAUUAUCAGGAACUGAUGAUUGUUCUGAGUUAGAGAGAAGACAGAAGAGACAAUAUAUAACAGAUCACACACAGGACUUCAUUGUGAACAAAGUUCGAAGAACACUUUUUGAAGUAGUUUCGUCUUUCAAUGGCAAUCUACACGAUGAGGAAAUUAUGUCACGGCUCAUCAAAUCAGAAUUUGCUGUUCUUCGCGAUGCUUUUAAUUUACCUCCUGAUUCGGAUGAUUAUGUUCGUAAAGUGGCUGCUAAGUUGCUUAAUCUGUAUCGUACUGGAAGGCUUGGUCAUUAUACUCUAGACCUUGCUCCAAAUAAUAACUAAGGAGAAGUCUUAUACGCGAGUCAUGACAGUCUUGGUUGAGGUGUCUAAAUGAAAGACGUGACAACUUUAGGGGACUGUCUAUGUAUUCGACUACUUUGGUUUGAGAAUUGUAAUGGAUGGGUAACCUGAUAAGAUAAUAUACAAGUCAGCUAUGGAAAUGGCUUCUGUUGUGGAUACUCCGAUUGUGUUGCUAUAGGGGACUCCCUUCACUGUAAUAUCAAAGGCGCAAAUGCAGCUGGAAUUGCAUCAGCGUUUAUUACAGGCUGAAUACAUGCUGCUGAACUUGGACUUGGCAAUUUCGGGUAAGUCAGGGAUGAUGGUACUGCUGUACAUACUCUUGCCUUGAAAAACAAUGCAUAUCCUACAUAUGUAGUCCCUCCAUUUACAUGGUGAAGAAUGCAGUAUUCACUUUGUACCUCUUUUGAUUUUGGUGUUAACCAUUGUGCUUUAUCUUGAACCAUUUUAUCUUGGUGGAAUACAAGGAUUGUUAUGAUCAAGUUUUAAAUUA